AUGGCUGGCGCCAGGAGCUGCCAGUGCCGAGCGGCUGGUUCUUCUGGGUUCUACAGUGAAGAGUUAACUCAGUAUGGGGAAGAAAAUUUGCGCGGCAGCCUUGCUUGGUUGCCCUAUUGCUGGUGCCAACAGGACAAAGGGGUGGGGAUCACCAAACUCAGGGUCCCAGGGUUCCAGGAGAGCCAGCUGCUUGGGCAGGGGGCUCCACACAGCGAGUACAGCACAACCCAGGCACCUGCAGCCAAGGGGCGUCCAGCACCUGCCAGGUACGGCACAUCUUCCAGAAGACAGUCUUGGCCACCGUGGAAGACAGUCCUUAUUUUUCUUGGAGUGGUGGCAAUCUUGGGAGUAACCAUUGGUCUCCUUGUUCAUUUUCUGGCAGUUGGAAGGGUUUACUAUUAUCAAGGUGAUUUUCGUAUUUCUGGAGUCAUUUACAAUGAAAGUUGUGAAAAUGCAGCUUCACAAAACAGCACAGAUCUAAGCAAAGAUAUUGAGACUAAGAUGUUGUAUACAUUUCAUAAUUCUAGUAUAUAUAAAGAGUAUGUCAACUCUGAGGUCAUCAAACUUUUGCCUUCUGCCAACGGUUCGAGUGUACAGUUACAGCUGACAUUCAAGUUUCCUCCCGCAAAGAGAGAUCUCAUGAGGACUAAAAUCAAGGCUAUCUUACGGAAGAUGCUAGAAGACAACAUGACAUUCUGGAAUGCAGUUCCCGAUUCCAUUAAACUUACAGAAAUCAGCAAGGCUAAUUAUGAAAUGCUUACCAACAACUGUAAGUUAAGAACAUUUAUUACAAAUUUGAUACAUUCACAAGGUUGUGGGAGACGACUGGCGAAAACUCAUAGCUGGCAACAAGAUGGUAAGGGCAGAAGGCGCGGACUGGGGGCUGCCGGCAGGCAGCUGCGUGGAGAGGCAAGCCAACUGCGGUCUCGAUCGCGGCAGGGUGGCGCUGUCCGCAGCUCACGCUUUGCUGGGCAACGAAAGCAUUUAAAUGGGGAAAGGAACAAAAUGAAUGGAAGCGUCAAUGUGACAUUUUCCAAAGACUACCUUGGGCCUGACCUGAAAAAUAAUUCAGCAGAUUGGACCGUCAGCUUUGGAACUACAUUAAAUAAACCCUAUAUGACGAGGAAAGUCCAAAACAUUAUUUUUCAUGAAAAUUAUAGCAGUCCUGCUGUUGUUAACGAUAUUGCCCUGGUGCAGCUUGCUGAAGAAGUUUCUUUUACAAAGUACGUUCGUAGGAUUUGUCUUCCUGAAGCCCAAAUGGAGCUUCCAGAAAAUGCCAGCGUUGUAGUUACGGGAUGGGGAGUCCUUUAUAUGAAUGGUCCCCAUCCUGUGGUACUCCAAGAAGCCUUUUUGAAGAUUAUUGACAACGAAAAUUGCAAUGCCCCACAUGCGUUGUCUAAUUUGGUGACUGAUGAAAUGCUCUGUGCUGGGUUUAUGUCAGGAGAAGCUGAUGCUUGCCAGAAUGAUUCUGGAGGACCACUAGCUUAUCCUGAUUCCAGAAAUAUCUGGCACCUUGUUGGAAUAGUAAGCUGGGGUGAUGGAUGUGGUAAAAAGAAUAAGCCAGGUGUCUAUACUCGAGUGACUUCUUAUCGCGAUUGGAUCACUUCUAAGACUGGACUCUGAAAGCAAAGCCGGUCGUAACCUCCCCCCGCA